AUGUCUUUCCGAGGCGGCUCUCGUGGUGGCCGCGGUGGUGGCCGUGGAGGUUUCCAACAGCGUGAUUUCGGCCCGCCUGCCACUGUUCAAGAAAUGGGCAAGUUCAUGCACGCCUGCGAGGGCGAGAUGGUCUGUGAGUCCAUCAACCCCAAGGUGCCGCAGUUCAACGCGCAAAUCUUCCUCGAGAACAAGACGGCCGUCGGCAAGGUCGACGAGAUCCUUGGGCCUAUCAACCAGGUCUUUUUCACCAUCAAGCCCUCCGAGGGCAUCCAGGCUACCUCGUUCAAGGAGGGCGACAAAUUCUUCAUCGCCCCCGAGAAAACGCUCCCCCUCGACCGCUUUAUCCCCAAGCCCAAGCCCCCGCCCGGCGCGCCUAAGCCCAAGCGCGCUGGCGUAUUCACAUUUCCUUAUACACUUACUGUUCUGUACCUGUUGGCAUUUUGA